AUGUCGCUGAAGGAUUUAAACGGUUGCCUGUUUGAGAACGAGCUGUGCUCAUCCUAUGAGAUGUGUGUCAACGAUGGGAUGUUUGGGAGGUGUCACUCUGUUCCAGUGAAGGAUUUUUACACCUACGAUGUGUCUCCAUCUGUCGUGCAACGAUUCAGGAUCCUGCUGGAGAAGCUGUCCAACAGAGGUUUAACGUGGGAGGAUGAUGUCACCCAGCAUGUUCUGUCCAAAGAGUUGUCCAAACUGAGGAGGAUUUCCUACCAGCCUCAGCAGAAAGGACCCGUCUACAACACCAACAGCAGGCUGGCGGCAGCAGCGUUGGACCCAGGAGACCACGAGGUGAAGCCGGUGGAGGUGGAGCUGAACAGAAACCUGCAGACGUACCUCCAACGUUUGGGCUUCCUUCCUGUGACGUCAUCGUCCAGUCUGAGCAAACCUGGCAAGCUGCUGCAGAAACCGGGACCUCCAUCCAACUCGCUCCUUGCCACCCAGGCGGAUGCCGACCUUCUCCUGGGCGCCCUGCGGCAGUAUCUCUCCAGGUAUUCUUUCCAGCACGGCGGGGGAAUGAACCAGCCCCCCGAGCAGGAGGCCUCCUCUCCGCGCCUCAGGCCAUUCUCCAACAACGGCAUCGAAAGUCCCGGGCUCAAAGCGGAGACUUCCAAAUCCAGGCUUCUGAAGACGGGGAGGACUCCGGGGACUUCAGCCAGGGAGCCGCUCUCAUCUGUAGAUGUGAAGUUCAUCGAGAACGUUAUGAAGAACGCUGGCAGGCAGCAUCUCAACGUGGACAACCUGACACCUCAGGACCUGGACCAGCUGUCCAGCCUGAUAGCUGAUGCCUUGCUGGUGGUCGACCAGGACCCAGGACUAAACAAGGGACUGUCCCGGGACAGGGGACUUGGACUGAGAGACCUGGAAGAAGAGCCGAGGGACUCGAAUGAGGAGUCUUCUAGAGAUGAGGAAGAUGAGAAACUUCUGCAGAACGCACCAACUCUGACCCCACAGGAGAUCCUCUCUGUGCCCCCACAAGAGCGCCACGCAGAUGCAGAGGAGGUCCAGUUGAAGGACGAGGCCAAGAGAAGCAGCCUUUUGUCCAAACUCCUCACCUACUUGGAUAAAAGCCCCUACGCCGGUCCUCCGUCGGCGAGAAGCCGCGACGACGUUGCCAUGGAGACGAACAGAGGCCGGCAGGCGGGCCUGGAAAACGUCCAGAGUCGCACCAGCGAGGCGGCGGUGACGGUGCAGAAGAAGGACGCCACCCAGUCGGUGGAGGAGGUGUCGGAGGUGGAGGGCUGGAUCAAGGAGGUGGCGCCCCCUCCGGCGGCGCUCGUGCACGAGGAGACGCACAAGAAGACGAUGCAGGCCCCCGAGCUCCAGCUGGACGUGAAAACGAGCAGGAAGGACGCGGACGAGGACGUCUUCGGUUACGUCAUCACGGACACGGAUCAUCUCCAGACAGACGAAGGCCUUCAGCUGAUGGAGAUCUUGGCCCGGCGCGCCAACAUCCACAUGACCGAUUUGGCUGAGGUUUUGGUGGUGGGACCGGCCGUGACCUUCAAAGUGAGCCACAACUCCAAGAAUGUCACCACGGCAGAUGUGGCCAACGUGGCCGUGAAGCAGAAAGCAGCGUUGGAGACGGAGGCCAAAGUCACCAUCCUGGAGGCCGGCGUCGCAGACGGAAGCCAGAUCAAACAGAUCCCCACCAAGUACAGCCAAGGGGAGUCCACCAAGUUCCUCGUCCUCACCGUGGUGUCCAUCCUGUGCAUCGUUGGCGUGCUGCUCACCUCCACCGUAGUGUACUGCCUCCGUCACCGCUCGCACCACAAGCUGAAGGAGAAGCUCACCAACCUGGGCACCGACACCAGCAGCGAUGCUACUGCCACCUAUCAGGAACUCUGUCGGCAGCGGAUGGCCGUCAAACCUCCCUCCGAGCGUCCAGAGGCCAUCUCCUCCAGGAUCAACAGCGUCUCGUCUCAGUUCAGCGACGGCGGUCCGGCCAUCAGCCCCUCGGCCCGCAGCAGCAUCUCGUCAUGGAGUGAAGAACCUGCCCACUCAAACAUGGACAUCUCAACUGGUCACAUGAUACUGUCUUACAUGGAGGAUCACCUGAAGAAUAAGGACCGCCUGGAGAAGGAGUGGGAGGCGCUGUGUACGUACCAGGCUGAACCCAAUGCCAGCACUGUUGGCCUAAAAACUGGCAACACAAAGAAGAACCGCUCAGCCGCUGUGGUGGCAUAUGAUCACUCCAGAAUCACCUUGAAGGUGGAGAACAGCCAAGGCAACUCCGAUUACAUCAACGCCAGCCCGAUUAUGGAUCGUGAUCCCAGAAACCCAGCCUACAUUGCCACGCAAGGUCCCCUGCCCUCCACUGUGGCUGAUUUCUGGCAGAUGGUUUGGGAGAAUGGCUGUGUGGUCAUCGUUAUGUUGACGCCUCUGGUGGAAAACGGGGUGAAGCAGUGCUACCAUUACUGGCCCGAUGAAGGAUCCAACCUGUAUCACAUCUAUGAGGUGAAUCUUGUGUCCGAGCACAUCUGGUGUGACGACUUCCUGGUUCGUAGCUUCUACCUGAAGAACAUGCAGACCAACGAGACGCGGACCAUCACUCAGUUCCACUUCCUGACCUGGCUCAACAAGAGCGUCCCAGAGACCAGCCGGACGCUCCUCGACUUCCGCAGGAAAGUUAACAAGUGUUACCGGGGCCGCUCAUGUCCCAUCAUUGUCCACUGCAGUGAUGGUGCUGGAAGAACCGGAACCUACAUCCUGAUAGACAUGGUCCUCAACAGGAUGGCUAAAGGUGCCAAGGAGAUUGAUAUCGCAGCUUCUCUGGAGCACCUGCGGGACCAGAGGCCAGGAAUGGUCCAGACCAAGGAUCAGUUUGAGUUCGCGUUGACGACCGUUGCUGAAGAGGUGAACGCCAUCCUGAAAACUCUCUCUCAGUAGGAAGAAGUUGUUCCAGCUGGAGGACAGAAUCACUUAUCAGCAGCUCCAGUUUUCUCCAUGCCUCCUCUCUUUUUUUUUGUUUCACCUCCAGCUUUUGACACAUUGCUGUCAUGAAGUCUUGUUUAUCGCACUUCCUGUCCCGUUGUAUACGUUGUCCUGCCGCCUGGUUCAGUUUAUUAUUUCCUCUGUUCCUCCCAUGUCCUCUGCUCGUUUUUGAAAAUACAUUUACCCGUUUGUCGUUUACCGCUUCACUCUUGUAGUCAAAAGCCCCAUUCGCACGGUAUUAGUUUUACCUAGGGACCACAUGUAAUAAACAAAUUACUCCCCAACGCACGGGAUAACCAAAGCCUGAGAUUUAGCUGAAAUUUACGGACAUCUUCUGGAUAUGAUGUUAACACGCUGCGUUGUCACGACUGGGUCGGUCCAUAAUAAUGUGCUUAAUGUGGCUGAGCUGGUCUCGGGCUUUGAUGCGAUUUUACAAAUCCUACAGCACAAAGAAAACUAAAUAAGAAUGCACAAUAUAAAACUGUGUUAAUCUACUUGCUGAGGAGGAGGCAGGUCCAACCAGCCAGUUUAAGAGGUUUAAAAAAGUUGCAUUAAGCUCAGAUGGACAACAUGUCACCGGCCGCGCGUCCGCUGACCCGUCGGUUGAAAGGGACUUGCGAUUUGUUCAUGGUGUACCCCACUUCUUGUACAGCGAUGGCUGUAGAUGGGCAGCAGUGACCCCCGCUACCCGAAAAGAAAGAAGUGGGUAAAUAUAAUGGAUGGAUGGAUCAGCUGAUCACCGGCUGUGC